GAUUUUCCAAUUUGAGUAUGUUUUAUAUCACGUCAUAAAAAGUUUCGUGACACUCAAAAUAGUUGAAAUUUUAAUAAUGAGUACUUUUUUAAAAAUGUCCUUUAGGAACAAGUAUGUUUUCGGAACACCCUGUACAUUAGUAUGUAGCACCUAAGUAUAAAAUCUAGCCGGUAAAGUCUGAAUUGGGUCGUUCUCUAAAAAUAACAAAGUUUGACAUUAAUUCUUGUUGAAUUGUAUGACUAAGAGAAAAAAUUCCAUUAUUUGCUUCUACAAAUAAGACUAACAAUUAAGUUCGUUAAUUUAAGUUUACAGUUUGAGAGAUAAUAGUUGUCUUCAAAUUUACUAGCUUGAGGGGAUUUCCACAUUAAACUCUUAGUUCUACCGAGCAAUGAGAAUCAUUUAAUUUGCUUAACGAUUACAUUAUGUACUGAAAAAUAUACGUCAUGUUUACUUGAUAAUCUCGAUUAUAUGGGGAGAUUGGUGACCAACCUCGAUAUUUACUUGAAAAGUACUCAUUAACUGUCUGGAAGUACAGACUUCUAUUUUAAAUGUUUGUAUAAAAUACAUUUUUUUACAUUUAUAAUUUUUUUUUUAUUGAGGACUAUGAAUACCGAAGCUAUAAAGGAUAUUACUACAAACUACCUAUAACGUGAUACUUUCAAUGUGAAUAUCUGUGGAUUAUUUCAAUGUUAUGUGGUGUGUAAUUUUUAAUGAAUUCCAAAAUAAAAGGUUUGAGGAAUGAUGAAGACAUUAACAGGAACAGUACAGAUGUGGAAAGUAACAUUGAUGAUAAUAGUAUAUCAAGUGAUGAUGAUGAUUACAUCAGUGAUAGAAAUGAUGCUCUAGAUGACAAUGGCGCCGCGGAUAAUACUGACGAUGAAGAUGAUAGGUUAAAUUUCAAUGCGAUUAUAACUGGCCAAGCAGUCAGACAGAUACAAUCGGCGUUGGAAGAAGAUGACGACAUUCGCAAACAAUUGUUGUUUUCUAAUGCAAAAUAUUUGUUGUACAGAGCUGGCGAUGAAGACGAUCUGUUAAACAUAGCUCCGAUCACAAUUGACCAAGCUGACAUACAGAUACAAUCGGCGUUGGAAGAAGAUGAUGACGUUAGACAAGAAUUAUUACUUUAUAAUGCAGCAUAUUUGUUAUACAGAACUUUGUUACUAAAUUUUGGUUAUAAUACUUUGUUUAUGGAGAGCAGUAGUAAUAGUAGUGAAGAAAGUACCGGUUUAAGCUAUGAUAAUAAUCCGAACUAGGGGAGAGGAAGCCGCAGUCCCAAUUAUUUUUUUGUUUCACCCUUUCAGUCAUAGUGUCCCUUAUAUGGGAAGUCUAUUUUUUUGUUCUUGCUUUAUGGAUAUUUUUUCAUAGGUAUUUCAACAUUUUUAAUUCAGUGAAAUUAAAGUGACGACUCAUGUCAUCGUUUUGUAAAAAAUUUACAAAAUUGUUAUUCUAUCAUAGGUUUUGAUGUUCCAUUUAUAAGCUUUCAAAAUAAUAUGUUUUAAUUUAUAAAACUAAUAAGGAUCACGGCAAUAAAUUGUGUGUGUACUUUAAUUAUGGUUAAAUUUUGAUUCUUGAUUUUUAAUAAAAUACAUUAGUAUAUUUUAAUAUACUUAACAGUGAACAUGUAAUGUAAAAAUUAAAUAAAAAAAUCUUGAUAAUUUUUAUUAAA